AUGGUCCCCUCCAUGCUCAUCACCAAGCUAGGGACCCUGGGACGGAACUCCUCCCACUGCAAAUGGAUCCUGGACUUCCUGUCGGGCCGGCCCCAGGAGUCACAGCACCAGUGUCUCCCCGCCCCCCCAGUCACAGCACCAGUGUCUCCCCCCAGUCACAGCACCAGUGUCUCCCCCAGUCACAGCACCAGUGUCCCCACCCAGUCACAGCACCAGUGUCCCCCCAGUCACAGCACCAGUGUCCCCCCAGUCUCCCCCAGUCACAGCACCAGUGUCUCCCCCAGUCACAGCACCAGUGUCUCCCCCCGCACAGCACCAGUGUCUCCCCCGUCACAGCACCAGUGUCUCCCCCAGUCACAGCACCAGUGUCUCCCCCCCAGUCACAGCACCAGUGUCUCCCCCCCCCAGUCACAGCACCAGUGUCCCCCCAGUCACAGCACCAUCUCCAACCAGCUCCACACCACCAGCUCCACACCACCAGUCUCCCACCAGUUCCACACCACCAGCCUCACACCAGCUGCACACCACCAGCUCCACACCACCAGUCUCCCACCAGCUCCACACCACCAGUCUCCCACCAGCUCCACACCACCAGCUCCACACCACCAGUCUCCCACCAGCUACACUCCACCAGUCUCCCACCAGCUCCACACCACUAGUCUCCCACCAGCUCCACACCACCAGUCUCCCACCAGUUCCACACCACCAGCCUCACACCAGCUACACUCCACCAUCUCCCACCAGCUCCACACCACCAGUCUCCCACCAGCUCUACACCCCCAGCUCCACACCACCAGUCUCCAACCAGCUCCACACCAUCAGCUCCACACCACCAGUCUCCCACCAGCUCCACACCACCAGUCUCCCACCAGCUCCACACCACCAGCCUCCCACCAGCUCCACACCACCAGCUCCACACCACUAGUCUCCCACCAGCUCCACACCACUAGUCUACCACCAGUUCAACACCACCAGUCUCCCACCAGCUCCACACCACCAGCCUCCCACCAGCUCCACACCACCAGUCUCCCACCAGCUCCACACCACCAGUCUCCCACCAGCUCCACACCACCAGCCUCCCACCAGCUCCACACCACCAGUCUCCCACCAGCUCCACACCACCAGUCUCCCACCAGCUACACUCCACCAGUCUCCCACCAGCUCCACACCACCAGUCUCCCACCAGCUCCACACCACCAGCUCCACACCACCAUCUCCCACCAGCUCUACACCCCCAGCUCCACACCACCAGUCUCCAACCAGCUCCACACCACCAGCUCCACACCACCAGUCUCCCACCAGCUCCACACCACCAGUCUCCCACCAGCUCCACACCACCAGUCUCCCACCAGCUCCACACCACCAGUCUCCCACCAGCUCCACACCACCAGCCUCCCACCAGCUCCACACCACCAGCUCCACACCACCAGUCUCCCACCAGCUCCACACCACCAGCCUCCCACCAGCUCCACACCACCAGUCUCCCACCAGCUCCACACCACCAGCUCCACACCACCAGCCUCCCAAUCACUCUUUAUCCUCCAAGUAGCAUUAACCUCUGAGGUGUCAGAUGUAUGGACACGCUUUCACAUGACGGAGACUUUGCCAGCCCUUCCUUUCUCCUGGGCCCCUCUCUUAAGCCUGCAUGGGACUCUGUCUGCUCUGUCUGCAGAGCAAGAAGUUGAGUCUUACAAAACAGAAGCCUUCUACCCGUCCGACCACCACCUAAAAGCCUCCUACCCGUCCAACCACCACCUAAAAGCCUCCUACCCGUCCAACCACCACCUAAAAGCCUCCUACCCGUCCAACCACCACCUAAAAGCCUCCUACCCGUCCAACCACCACCUAAAAGCCUCCUACCCGUCCAACCACCACCUAAAAGCCUCCUACCCGUCCAACCACCACCUAAAAGCCUCCUACCCGUCCGACCACCACCUAAAAGAGUGUUCAGUGGAUCACCUGACCCCCGACAGUAAAGCUGUUUAA